AUGAACGAUCCGUCGAUAAAGUUAGUCAAUCGAGGAGGAGAAAGAGGUUCGAACGAUUCUUCGUCAGAUAAUAAUAAUAAUAACAAUAAUAAUAAUAAUCAAAACGGAGAAUCAUCAGAUACCACGGCGAAUAAAGAGCAGCAGCACAACUUGCCAGAGCGAGCGAGUUGGGGAAGCGGCGGCGACGGAGAACUCGGGAACAGUUGGAACCAUCAUCGCGAGAGUAAUAAUAAUAAUAAUGCGAAUGCGAAUUAUAGAAAUGGAGGAGGAGGAGGAUCGUCCAACGGAAGUAGUUAUCAAAACGGCGGCUUCGGCGCUGGCAGGAAAGCGGACACGUCGGAGGAUUGGCGACGACGCGAGCACAAUCAAGGAGGAGCGCCACCGCCGGGACCGCCGCCGCGGUGGGCGGCGAAAGCAAACGAAAACGAUAACACGACGACCGACGGAGCACCGCGGGUGAAAAGAGAGAUUCAACACGAAGUUGCUGGAGCGAUUGCGAAUUUACACAUUCCGCAAGGCGAUUGGGGAGAGGACGAUCAGAUGGACUUUUCGGACCCUCCACCCGGCGGCUUCCAAACGACGACGAGGACCAGAGGCUCCGGGAACAGUUUUGAUGGAGGCGAAUCCUCACGCACGAGAAGAAGCUCGGACCAGAGAAUGCCAGAACCGAGAAACGUGAAAAUUUUACAGAAACCGAAGAAGAAAGAAGAAAAAGAAGCGAUAUUUUCCUCCGCGAACUUGCCGGAAAGUUUGCGGGUGUUGAAGCGUCAACCGGGAGAAGAGAAGAAAUUGUGGACGCCGCCGGGUGAAAAAGCUACGACGACGACAACGAGCACGUCUUCGCCGCCGAAAUUGUCCGCGUCGGCAUUCACUCCUGGGACGACCAUCAUCAGUGGCACGUCUACGCCUACAUCGACACCACCAUCGAAAUCGAGACCACCGUAUCAUCCUAGCACCAACGGAGAUUACGCACAUCUUCAGGGCACGUCUCUCUUUCACGCCUCGACGCCCCCGGUAACACCGCCACCACCACCGGGCGCGCCGCCGCCGCUGCCGGGCGCGCCACCGCCGACACCACCAGGUCCACCCGCACCUUUGCCGCCAACACCACCACCGGGCACGAAACCUCCGCUUUCCCCGUACGGCGCGUCCGGUUUGACUUUGUCUGGAUCGAACGGUUCUCUGCAACAUCCGCCGACGCCGCCGGGACCUCCGCCAAUAGACACUGCGCACAGAUCACCGCGCGGCGUGUCUCCUAUGCGUCAGCCGCCGAGUCCGCCGCCAGGUGCGCCACCGCCGCCGCCGCCGCCGCCAGGCGCACCGCCGGGCGUUGGGAUGCUCCCUGGUAAGAAAAAUGGCGACUCUCCAUCAUCUGCUUCAAAGAAAGCGUCGAUGAAGAAAAAGAAAGUUCAGUUAGAACAGGGUGGAGGGACGACGACGGAAGGAUCACCGGAUACGAGCGGUGAUGAAUUGCAGCAGCGAACGAAUAAGAAAACGAAUAAGAAAACGAAUAAGCAACAAAACAAAAAGAAAUCUGGUGGUAACGCUCCAAGUCCUUCAUCGACGAUGCCUCCGCUUCCUCCGGGACCGCCUCCGAUAGAAGCGAAGAAAUCCUCUGCGACUAAGCGAGGCGCCGCGAAGCAUAGCACAGUAAAACCGGGAUCAUCAGGAACGUUACGAGGAAGUAAGAAAGGAAGCCAAAGUUCGAUGUGCAGCAAAGACUCGGACGGAUCGAAAUUUGAAGACUGCGAAGAAGACUCAAACGAAGCGGAGACGCCAUCGAAAAGAGGCGGAAUCCUUGGUUGGUUUGGGUUUUAA